AUGACAAUCGUUGUUCGAUCCCUGACAGAUUUCAUAUCAUCAAAGACAGCAUCUACAGAAGGAGUCGUGACCGAAUUCGUUUUUAAAGAACAGUCCUUUGUGACGUACUUUAUCAAACUCAUUCGUCACCAUUUUAUUUCCAACUUCUGUCUAUCUAUCUAUCUAUCUAUCUAUCUAUCUAUCUAUCUAUUUAUCUAUCUAUCAAUUUACGUCAGUCUGCUCAUAUCUAUCUCAGUCUCCUCUUAUCUCUCACUCUUCUCUCUUUCGAUCUAUCUCAGUAUGUUCAUAUCUAUCUAUCUCAGUCUGUUAGCAUCUAUCUAUCUAUCUAUCUAUCUAUCUAUCUAUCUAUCUAUCUAUCUAUCUAUCUAUCUAUAUCACUCUGUUCAUAUCUAUCUCAGACUCCUCUUAUCUCAGUCUCUCUCUUUCGAUCUAUCUCAGUAUGUUCAUAUCUAUCUACAUCAGUCUGUUUAUAUCUAUCUAUCUAUCUAUCUAUCUAUCUAUCUAUCUCAGUCUGUUAACCUCUAUCUAUCUAUCUAUUUAAGCCUGUUCAUUAUGCCAACUAAGUCUUCUCGAAUAUUCAGGUCGUUCAUUCACUUUCGCUUUCUCUCUCUACUCUACUUGUCCAUCUGUACCUAUCUCUGUAUAUCUAUUCCCAAAAUGCUAAUCACAAUCUAUCUAUCUAUCUAUCUAUCUAUCUAUCUAUCUAUCUAUCUAUCUCUCCCUAUCUAUCUAUCUAUCUAUCUAUCUAUCUAUUCCAUUAUUUUCAUUAUUUUCAUUAUCUAUCUAUCUAUCUAUCUAUCUAUCUAUCUAUCUAUCUAUCAAAAUCUUUUCAUAUCCGUGUAUGCAUCUAUCUCUCUUACUAUCUAUCUCAGUCUUUUCAUUAUCUAUCUAUCUAUCUAUCUAUCUAUCUAUCUAUCUAUCUAUCUAUCUAUCUAUCUAUCUAUCUAUCUAUCUAAAUCAGUUAAUAUCGCUCAGUCUCCGUCUGUAAAUCCAUGUAUAUAUCUCGCCAGGUCCGAAUUAUCUUUCAUAUGUUAUACAAAUUUAUAUGAAAUUUCUGUCCGCCAUUAUCCCCACCUGCGUCUUUUUUGCAUGUUUUCUCUUGCUUCUCUCUCCGUCUCUUAUUCUUGCUACAUGUUACUGUAG